AUGGUAAAAAAUCCAUUCAUCUCAAUUAUUUUUCAAGAAAAAAGAGAAGAAAACUGCGGGUCUGUUGAAUUUCAAGUAUUCAGGUUCACCAAUAAGAUACGAAGACUUACUUCACAUUUGGAAUUGCACAGAAAAGACUAUUUAUCUCAGAGAGGUCUACGGAAAAUUCUGGAAAAACGCCAACGGUUGCUAUCGUAUUUGUCAAAGAAAAAUAGAGUCCGUUAUAAAGAAUUAAUUAGUCAGUUGAAUAUUCGGGAGUCAAAAAAUCGUUAA